CUUAUGAUAAUUGUAUUGCCAAGUUCGUGUGUUUACGUGAGUUUGUUACUUAGGAAAUUAAAUUUAAGAUUAAAUAAGAUGUUUGAUUAGGUAUAAUUAAGUGACUAGCAAAGUUAUAAUAUAGUUAAUACUGAUUAAAGCUUCGAAAAUCAUGAUGGAAGAUGCUUGUAGACGAAAAUAGGUCAACAAAAGAAUGCAAAAUUUGACGACGGUGGAAGACAUUGAUCACAGGACUGAGAGCAGCAGUAGCAGAAUGAGGAGGAAAUCAAUUAAUGAUGAUGAACUUAUUAGAUUUUCUGUAAGAGAACUGAAUUGCCAUCUUAAGAUGUGUGGUUUAAGUCGUGCAGAAAUUACGAAAAUGAAGCAGCGUCGAAGAACACUAAAGAAUCGAGGUUACGCAGCUAGCUGUCGUAAUAAACGAAUGGAACAUAAUGAUGAAUUGCAGCAAGACAAAAAUGACACAUUUAUUGAAAUCACCAAACUAAAAGAAGAAAAUAAAAAAAUUCAGGAAGAUAUAGAUAAUAUACGUGAGAAAUAUGAAGAGCUUAAACACUUUGCUCAGCAACAGAACAUAUCAAUACCUAAGGAGUUAGAGUUUCAUUUUGAAGCUGAAGUAUGAUUUUGUUUGAAAUGGCAUUUUAUUCUUUUCAUACAUAUUUUUAUACAACAUUUUUAUCGCUAUCUGCUGAAUGUUUUAAAACAUUUUAUUAUAUGAUUAUAUCUCGGUUUUUAGUGGGUUAUAAUAAAGGUCAACCAGAGGAUCUCUGGUAAUGUAAUAGCUAUAAUUCACAGAUAAAAAAGUAUUUUUGAUAAUUUUGUAUGUUUUUAGUAAAACACUUUUCUUUGGAGAAUAUUAUUUGUUUUUAACUCUCAAUAUAGUGUUUCACAAAGUAUUUUAUCUGUUAAACAAGACAUCAAGUUACUAGAUUAAUGUAAACAGGGAAAUAUCCCUUUAGUUUAGACUGUGUCUCAUUAAAGAAAUGUUUAUUACUAUA